AUGGAGCGGCUCCUGCAGCACCUAGAACGCUUCUCCGAGGUUCUGGCGGUCUCUCGCACCACCCACGUAAGCACCUGGGACCCUGCUACCGUACGCAGGGCCCUGCAGUGGGCUCGCUUCCUGCGCCACGUCUACCGGCGCUUUGGCCGUCAUGGGCGCAUUCGUACAGUCCUGGAACGGCGGCUGCACAGCCAGUGGAGGCAGGAGGGCGGCUUUGGGCCGGGUCCAUUCCCCGGGUUGACGAACUUCCAGGCCCUCGGGCGCUGUGAAAUUGUGCUAGCUCUGCGCCUGCUGGAGAACCGGGCCCUCGGGGAUGCAGCUCGUCACCACCUGCUGCAGCAGAUGUUUCCAGGCCCGGGCAUCUCGGACGCCAACGAGGAGACGCUGCAAGAUAGCCUGGCCCGCCUCGCCCGCCGCCGGUCCGCGGUGCACAUGCUGAGCUUGAACGGCUAUAGAGAGAACCCGAAUCUGCAGGAGGACUCACUGAUGAAGACGCAGGCGGAGCUGCUGCUGGAGCGUCUGCAGGAGGUGGGCGAGGCCCAAGCGGAGGGCCCCAGCAGGUUUCUCAGCAGCCUGUGGGAGCGCUUGCCUCAGAACAACUUCCUGAAGGUGACAGCGGUGGCGCUUCUGCAGCCGCCGUCGUCUCCCCGGCUCCAGGAAGACGACUUGCAACUGGGUAGCCCCAAAACAUCCGGAGAGCGGAGUCAAGAGCUACUCCAUUGGCUUCUGGGGAAGUCGGAAAUCAUGGCUGCCUUUUGCCGCAAUCUCCCUGCCCAGCUUUUAACUUUGGUGGCACGCCGCCACCCAGCGCUCUCUCGUGUGUAUCUGAGUCUGUUGACAGACUGGGGUCGACAUCUGCACUAUGACCUUCAGAAAGGCAUUUGGGUUGGAGCUGAGGCCCAAGAUGUGCCCUGGGAAGAGUUGUACGAUAAGUUUCAAAGCCUCUGUCAGGCCCCUCCACCUCUGAAAGAUGAAGUUAUAACUGCCCUGCAGUCCUGUAAGGCGCAGGAUGGAGAUUUCGAAGUCCCUGGUCUUAGCAUCUGGACAGACCUGUUGUUAGCUCUUCGAAGUGGUGCAUGA